AUGGCGAUUGUCGGGGCUGUUAGUGAGAUGAGUGCGACUCGUUUGUGUGUGUGGUUCGGCGUGCUGUUCGUGGCUACGACGCUGGUCCACUCGCAGGUCACAUGGACACCGAUCUACAUGGGCACGUACAGUCAAGUGGACCUUUGGACACAAACGACGAAGGGCUGCGCCUGCAGUUUUAAUUCGUCCAGCAACGAAUGCGCGUGCUGCGUGCCAUCCGGAGGAUGCAGUUGCGGAGUCGCGUCGCCGGACAGAUGCGCUCAGUGCGGCUUGGAGCAAUACUGUGCCAACAUGUGCAACAUAACGCUGGACAGCAGACUGUUGUUCAGCAAAUCGAAUCGCGGCUUUGGGCAAAUAAAGUCCCCGUCCCUGGAAGGGCCAUCGAGGUGUACCUACAGGUUCGUGCCGGACACUGGUCAGCGAGUCGAGUUGCAGAUCUACCGACUCAUCUCCAUUGGACGACACAACGGCAAAGCGUGCGAGGGUGGCUGGCUGCAGCUCGAGGGUGGCGCGAGGGUUUGCGGCCGCAACGAGCGUUUCGAUCGACCGGUCGUCCUGUUCUCCGACCAAUCGGUCCCGACCCUCCAUAUGCAGUGA